ACUAAAAUCAAAGUGAUGUCUAGAGACAAAGUAAAAUUACUUCAACCCCCAAAUUAAAAGGGAUAGUUCACCCAGAAUGAAAAUUCUCAAUUCCUCUCAUAAAAUCCCAUGUAAAGACUUUCAGUAGAAGAUUUAUAAAAAUAGACAAUAGAAGACUCAGCUCUGUAGGUCCAUAAAAUGCAAAUAAAUGUUGACCAAAAAUGUUUAGCUCCAAAAAGCAUGUAAACGGCAGCAUAAAGUAAAUCAUUCAACUCUAGUGGUUUAAAUCACCAUCUUCUGAAGCAAACGCAUCCAUUUGGGAUGAGACGGGAAUCGAAAAAAACCCCUCACAAUAAAUCUGCGGUCUCCUUGGUGAUCAUGAUUUCAAGUUUGAUUACACUUCCUAGUGCAAUCUAACGCUCUGUGCAUGUGUCAAGCACUAGCAAGUGUAAUCAAGCUCUAGAUCAUAACUGUGCCUAAGGCUGCCUUCACAUGCUAUUGGAAUUAUCGUAAAUACGAGUUUCAAUGGGUUGAAACUUGGCACGUAUUCACCCAAAACCGCAUCAGAAAACAUGGAUUAAACCACUGGAGUCAUAUGGAUUACUUUAAUGCUACCUUUGUGUUUUUGGAGCUUCAAAUUCACUUGCAUUGUACAGACCUACAGAACUGAGAUAUUCGUCUAAAAAUCUUCCAUGUGUUCUGCAGAAGAAAUUCAUACACAUCUGGGAUGGCAUCAGAGUGAGUACAUGAGGGGGGGCUCUGUUUGAAUGCUGUAACCCUAGGAUCAUCUCUGCACUUUCAGAGGUCACGCCCUGAAACCGAAGACUAGUGGGUUUCCUCCCCAAACCAGGAAGCACACUGCCACUGUUGCUUCUAGGAAAUAAUAAGUUCAAAAUCAGCCAUGGGAAAGAAGAACCAGAACCGUGAAGAUGAGGAUGCUGGGUCCUCUGAGGAAGAGUAUGUGGUUGAAAAGGUGUUGGACAGGAGAGUUGUGAAGGGCCGGGUAGAAUAUUUCCUUAAGUGGAAAGGUUUUUCCGACAAACACAACACCUGGGAACCAGAGAAGAACCUGGACUGUCCGGAGCUCAUUGCUGAGUUCAUGAAGACCUAUAAAAAGGUGAGCAGUGGGAGCACACCCAGCAGUAAGUCCUCCAGCACAGGCUCUUCUGCGGCCCACCCCAAAGAAAGUAGCAGCAGCGCCACCAGCAAGAGGAAAAACUCGGAAGAAGAGAAUGGGAGUAGCAGCAAACCGAAAAAGAAAAAGGAGGAUGAGAUCCUUGUUGCAAGAGGUUUUGAGCGAGGCCUGGAGCCAGAGAAGAUUAUUGGAGCAACAGACUCCUGUGGAGACCUUAUGUUCCUUAUGAAGUGGAAGGACUCUGAUGAGGCAGAUCUUGUGCUUGCAAAAGAAGCCAAUCACAAGUGCCCACAGAUUGUCAUUGCCUUCUACGAGGAGCGUCUGACCUGGCACGAAGAUGGUGACAAGAAAGAGAAGAGUGCCAUGGCUGUUUAAAGGAUGGAGGAGGGGAGGACAGAAACCAAAUCCUCCAAACCUUGUCCUCUUUAUCACACUGUUGACACUCUCAUAGCCAACUUUUAACGGACCAUUUAAAAAGAAACGGCCAGCUAGUAGUGGAGGUUACUGCCCACCUUAAACCUCCGUCCACCCUAAAUAAAAAAGCAUUUCCCAUCAGACAACUUCUCGAGCCAUCUUAAAGUGAGCCAAAUGUUCAUGGAAAAUGGAGGCCGCAGCAGAUUGGUGGAAUGUGAUUUCUCUUUCUCUCUCUGAUCUUCCCUCUGUUUUGUCAUGAUUUGUGCCCCUACAACUAUGUUCUUAAGAUGUAUUGUGUGCUAGUGUAGAUGUGAACCGUACAUGUCAAAGUUUUAACUUUAUUCACACAGUUGAUUUGUAGUAUUGUCCUGACUGAAAAUAUCAGUUUUGAUUUUACAUCUAUAACCCUGGACAAAGACGUGAUGGCAUUUUUGGUUACAUUUUGAAAGCUGCAUCCCAAUUGAAGUUACCGUCUCUCCCUUUUUAUGAUCAGGUACAAUUUUGCUGUAUACCUUUUUUUUAACUACUCAAAUGGGGAACCUUAGAUGCCAAAAUGCGGUCAUUAGGGUUUAGAUUGUGUUUAACAGUAAAGCCACAUUAUAGAGGAAUUAACUGUACGGAGAUUCAGAGAUCGUUUUAAGACAUUUAAUCGUUAGCUUUGAAUCAUUUAAUUUUCUUUUUCCCUACUAAUAUCUGUAAAAAAAAAAAAAUAAUAUAACUGUUGACUGGCAAAAUUGGCCUUUGAACUAAUUACUGAGGACGACAGGCAAUUAUCAUUCUGCCAGUUUGUAUUGGAAGACCGUUUUAUCUGUUUGUACCUUUUUUUUUUUUUUUUUUUUUUUUUUCUCUCCUCAUUACAUUGCUUUGCUCAGAAGGCAAUAUAUACCCCUCUUGUGGCUAAUUUGGUGAAUCAAUUCCCAGUUUAGGCUCAUGAACGGCUGUCCUCAUUCAAGUGAUAGUUUAACCAUAUGUCAGUUUCUUAUUUUACCUUUUUCUUUAUUUUAACCUGUAGUUGAAUCAAUAAAAUGGUGUAUCAAGGUCAAGUGACAGUUAUGUUCUCAGUAGUGAUUUGAUUUUUUUUUUUUUUUUUCUUUUUCUGUUCUUCGGAGUCACUGGAUGGAAUCUACUGAUAACAGUUCACAAAAAUCAUGUUUCAUUUACAAAAAAAAAAAAAAAAAAGAGCUUAGUUUAUGUAUGCAUGUAGUUGAAAGCAGUGGCAUCCUCAGUUAUUUUCAAAGGUUUUAUUUUAAUGAGACGGAAUUGUUUGUUGAAAGAGUUUUGAAACAUUCAAACAGGUUUGAACUUAUUGUGUAGUUUAAGAAUAAUUUUAUUCUCUAUUUUGUAUGCUUUUGUUGUAUGACAAGUGAACCUUUCCUGCCAUGAUCAGUCCUAAAGUUACUCGGAGCCAUCGGUUGUUUUUAAAAUGUGCAACAUUAGAUGUAUUUUACUAUGUUCAGUGCACAGGUUUUUUUUUUUUUUUUUUUUUUUUUUUUUUGUCAUGUCAACACAACAGUUGAAAAUUUUGGAAAACCAGAACCCUGUCUUUUUUUAAUCGAGUCGUACAAAAUAAAUUUCAUUGUAGAUGAAAGAGAUUACACAAGUUUUUACUCUUGUGAUGCGAAGCUCGUUUUAUACAGUGCAUCCGGAAAGUAUUCACAGCGCUUCGCUUUUUCCACAUUUUGUUAUGUAACAGCCUUAUUCCAAAAUGGAUUAAAUUCAUUAUUUUCCUCAAAAUUCUACAAACAAUACCCCAUAAUGACAAUGUGAAAGAAGUUUGUUUGAAAUCUUUGCAAAUGUAUUAAAAAUAAAAAAUGAAAAAAUCACAUGUA